AUGGUGGACUGGCUCAGUCUCGCCGUUCCCCUCGCCUACCUAGGCAUUCUGAUCGGAUCUCUAGCCACAUUCUCAUCUCUCUACCGCAAGCGCAAGUCCCAGAAGGCAGCUACCCUUGAACCAUGGUUCCCGGCACACCUCCAACGCGAUAUUUACUUCUCUCUCCUCCACCUCGACCCCUCCGCACAAAAAGAGAAAAAGACCCCCGCUAUUCCUGAGUCCGUCGUUAAGGCCGCUCUCCUCCGUCGCGCUAUUGAAGAUAUCCGUCGCGUCCUGGCUCUCCGUAGCCAGAAGCAGGCUUUGUCUGUGCUGCUCCAGCGCGGGAGUGUCGGCGAUGACCUGUGGCAGCGGUUCUUGCGCGCCGAGAAGGAGAUGGAAGAGGAGGUGAAGGAUGUUGUUGCUGAAGCAAAUGCUUACGUGCCGGGUUGGGGCCAAACUAUCUUCCAAUCUGCCAACGAGAUGAUGCAGAAUGAGAUCUACCGUGCUCGAAUGAGCGAGCAGCAGGAUAAGGUUGCUGAGGAGAAGGAGUGGUGGAGUAAGAAGAAGGCUGAUACUAAGGAGCAAUUCAUGAAGGAAUUGAAUGAGGCCGAGGAGCCGGCGACGGCCCAGACUUCUGCCCCUAAGUCUCCGGAACCCCCCGCAACUAUUGUUACUCCUGCGGCUAGUGUGAAGGGGAGUGAUGAUGAGCCGGUGUUGGUUGAGGCUGAGCCGACUACGCCGUCUGGUGGGAAGAAAAAGAAGGGCAAGGGUAAGAAAUAG